AUGGCAGAUUCGAACGUGAAUAGACCCUCUAGCUCGGGGCAGUCAAGCGUUAACGCGCGCGACGCCUCGCAGGCAUCUUCGAAGCCUUCGAAGAUCGACCAAUCCUUGGACGAGAUCAUCGCGUCUCGAAAGGCAGGUCAGAUCUCCGUCGCGCAGAAGAAGAAGCGUGAGAACCAAGCCGCCGCCAUAGAUAACUUUAUUACGCAGCAGAAGCGAGAGGCCAAUGGCCCCGUAGAUGGCGCCGUCGUUAUUCAAAAGAAGCGCGUCACCCAAGACUUGGACGAAGCCGUCGCGAGCGGUUUCUCCAGGCAUUCAGUGACGACAACGGAGAACAACGUCGAAAGUCAUUUUAAACGUCGCCGCCUUAUCGAUAUAACCGACUUUAGUAAUAGGUCGGCCAUAAACUUCUCGUCGCACGGAUCUGGCCACAUGACGGCUAUGUUUGAGCCCGGUGAAAUUAACGGUACAGAUCUAAUCUCCCGUUGGAGGCAGCAGAACGGAGGAUACAUUCCUCGCACGAUUGCAACCCUGACUCGCAUCCGAGACAGCUCCCGUUUAGAGUCCUAUCUUACAGGACCUAUUGGCGAGGUAAGCGAAGAGCCGGUCGAGGAGGUGGAGGAGGGACCGCAAGAGUGGGAGAUAGCGCAGCAGGAGGAGCGGGAGCAAGAUGCGCGAGAGAAGCGAGAGCGAGAGCAGCAGCAGCAGCUCAAAGCUCUCUCCGCCCCUGCCCCUGCGCCCCUAGCCGAGAAGAAGAAGAAGACUAGGAAGAAUAAAAGCCAGCGCAGGCGCGCGCGCGAGGAACGCGAGGAGCUUGAGCGCCAAGCUGCUGCUCAAGCUGCCGCUUCCGGCAGCGCGAAGGACGCGGAAAUGACUAAUGCUCCCGAGAGCGAGGGUGGCAAUGGUCGUACAGGCCAGAACCCCCCCUCUCUGGAGCAACUCAGCUUCGCCGCACCCGCUGGUGCCCCGUCCUUCUCUCCCGCGUCCGUCUGUGGAAACUGCAACAAGCGGGGCCACCAAUUGGUCAAAUGCCCUGGCCCCGUGGAUGAGGACGGCUUCGUCUCCGGUUGUGCGCUUCACAACACAAAGGAGCACGGUUACGACGAAUGCCCGACGCUAAAGGGAUUGCCGGAUUCCGUUCACUUCGGAUUCCUGGUCGAUUCUCGCGCUGGUCUCCCUCCCAUCCGCUCCCAACGGUUUAACUGGGUGCACCUGGCAACUUUCUACCCGAACAUGCGACCUUUACGGUACCCGCUGACGCGAUCCUUCAGCGUAAAGCUUUCGGAGGAGGCUAUCGCCUCCUACGACUUUAGCCAAGGCGCGUCAGUCUUCCAACUGGGGUCGGACCCCCUCACCUACUCCUUUGACGCUGUGGUCAGGAACUACGCGCGGCUUGAGGAGACCGAGUCUCCAGACUGGCCGCUCGAGGCCCAGGUCGAGGAUCCGGCUCCUGCUCGUGCCGCCCCUGCACCCGCUACCGCCAUCCCCUUCCCUAUCGGCAUCACCAAGAUAACCAGCUACACCGAUUUCUCUGGUGCUACCGUUAGAGAGUUCGAUAUCAACUGUAAAACAGCCCGCAUGCUUCCCGUUGAAGAAUCUUGUCCGGUUGGCCCGGUUGGCACGGUUGGCAUGGAAGCCUCCGAGCCGUAUUAUAAACCUGCGGGUCCAGCACCGUCCUACAUGCCCUUGCUCGGCCCUAGAAGGGAUGAAUUCUUGGCUAAUUUUCUAGAUUAUAAGCCGGAACUAGAGGCUGCAGCCUCGGCUCGCCGUUUCAUUUUAGGCGGCACAGCGUCCCAGUACUCGGACGAGUCGGACGAGUCGGACUCGGACUCGGACUCGGAUUUGGAGUGA